AUGGGGGAGUGGGCGUUCCUAGGCUCCCUGCUGGACGCGGUGCAGCUACAGUCGCCGCUCGUGGGUCGCCUCUGGCUGGUGAUCAUGCUGAUCUUCCGCAUCCUGGUGCUGGCCACGGUGGGAGGUGCGGUGUUCGAGGACGAGCAGGAGGAGUUCGUGUGUAACACGCUGCAGCCGGGCUGUCGCCAGACCUGCUACGAUCGCGCCUUCCCGGUAUCCCACUACCGCUUCUGGCUCUUCCACAUCCUGCUGCUGUCGGCGCCGCCGGUGCUGUUCGUCAUCUACUCCAUGCACCAGGCCAGCAAGGAGGCGGGCGGUGCGCAGCUGGCCCCGCCGUGCGCGCGCGGGCGUGCCGAGGCGCCGUGCUCCCCGUGUGCCCUGCGCGCUCGCCGCGCACGCCGCUGCUACCUGCUGAGCGUGGCUCUGCGCCUGCUCGCCGAGCUGGCUUUCCUGGGCGGCCAGGCGCUGCUCUACGGCUUCCGCGUGGCCCCGCACUACGCGUGCGCCGGGCCACCUUGUCCGCACACGGUCGACUGUUUCGUGAGUCGGCCCACCGAGAAGACCGUCUUCGUGGUCUUCUACUUCGCCGUCGGGCUGCUGUCGGCGCUGCUCAGCGUGGCGGAGCUGGGUCACCUGCUCUGGAAGGGUCGCCAGCGCGCCAAGCUGCUCCCGCCACCGCCGCCGCCCUCUCUGCCAUCGCAGCGCGGGGACCCCGACCCCUUCGGCCCGCCAGCCUACGCGCACCGCUCACCGGGAGGCGACAGCGAGGGCGAAGGCGGCAGCGGCCACAGCAAAGCGUCGCUGGCCACCGUGCGCCAGGACCUGGCCAUCUAGCGGCGAGAUCGGUGGCUGGAUAUCAGCACCCGGGUCCUUGGAGGCAGAAGGCUUUGCUUCU